AUGAAAGCGCUUCUGCCGCUUGCUCUGUUUGUGCUUCCGGGAGUCUUUUCUGAAGGACGUGAGCGAUUUUCGUCAAAAGUGAGUUCAAAAGUGACACUGCUUAUGACACCAAUGGUCACAACGAAGGGUAAUUAUACGUUCGAAAGCCACGCAUCAAAUCUCGAGGAGGUGAAUUUUGUGCUUGCGCCGGAAGGUAAAGCGCUGAAACAUCCGAAUCUUACGUUUGCCAUUCGAAUCACACGCAAAACGUGCAAAGCGAUUAAACUGUGUUUUGGAUUUAAAAACAUUCUGGCGGACCACUAUAAAAUACUUACCAAAGUGAAGCUAGGCGAUAAGACCUAUGAUUGGAAGAUUAGUCGGGAGGUGUAUGCGAUGCAGUCACGGGAUGCCUACGAAAUAGAUGCAUGCCAAGCUUUAAAUGACCGCAGCUAUCGUAGCAAAAUGACUGGUAUCUCAAACAUGGAGACGAUCAUCCUGCAUAAUGAACCUAGCGGUGACAGGCCAAAGCUUGGUCUGGAAGUGAGGCAUGGACCAACUUUGCUUCGAGAAUCAGUGGAUAAGACGACACCCGCCUAUACCACGUUCUAUGAGAACAAAGAUUUGUGGUCGGAAAAGAAACAAGUGUUUUUUCUUUUGGCACAGGAUGCGAAUUUGUGCGGUGCCCGAAUUUGGGUAAUCCCUCGUCGUUCACUUUUGGUUGAACUUUGUGAAGCGCAAUUACUCCCUGUACCAUUUUUAAGAUUUCGUGCCAGAAGAGGAGUUAAUAUCUGGUCGAUUCCAAUCGGAUUUAUUGCUGGCACUCUCUUCGGUGUCGCUGGUGGUGCCUUUUUGUUGUGCAGAAACACCCAAAAAUAUUACAAACGUUGGAAUGCGGAAAUGAAAAAAACGUUUGGCAAGUUUGCGACCGGCGAAAUUUCUACUGUACGUCCGAAAGCAUUCGAUUAUUUAUUGUUUUAG